AUGGCUUCAGAAACCAAACCACCGCCACCUCUCAAACGGUCUCCUUUGCAUAUAGAUUUCACGAUCGGCUGGAUAUGCGUGCUCCAGAAGGAGUAUCGAGCGGCACGAGCAAGUCUGGAUGAAAUCUAUGACAACGUUGCCCUGGCCCGCGGGGAGGGAGAUCAAACCCACUAUAUUCACGGUCGAGUUGGGGAGCAUUACGUUGUUAUCAAUACCCCUCCAUCGGGAUGGCACGGUCGAAUCCGCGCAUCUAAAAUCGCGCACGACAUGCGAAGCAGCUUUCCGAGGAUGAGAUUUGUUCUUAUCGUAGGAAUCGCUGGAGGAGCACCCUCGCCAAAGGAGGAUGUUCGUCUCGGCGACGUGGUUCUCGGAACUCAGGUCAUCCCUUGGAACACUGGAAAAUGGACCCAGCAUGGAUUCGAACGAACUGGGUUGACCAAAGUACCACCAAGAGAGCUUUUAGAAGUGAUCACAUUCUUUGACCAACGCUUUUGGUCCCCCGACGGGCUGCUUCUGUCCAAGUCGAUCGAAGGUAUCGCCUCGGAAGCCGAGCAUGGAGCUGAAUUUUCUCGACCGACCAAGGACCGUCUUUAUGAGACGGGCUUCGCCCAUACAGAGUCAGUAUGUGACUGCCUGCAGGCUCAAUCGGAGCUGCCAGAGAAGCUUUCUUCGCGCGGCAGACGCCAUGGAGAGCCGGUCAGGGUAUUCCAAGGGGCUAUUGGGUCGGAUGACGUGGUCAUGAAGAAUGCACAAAUGCGCGAUACGGUCGCCAGAAGGGAGAAGAUCCUUUGCUUUGAAAUGGAAGCCGACGGAAUCAUGGACAUCAUGCCUUGUCUUCCCAUCCGGGGAAUUUCAGACUACGCAGACGAGCACAAGAACGACGAUUGGCAUUCAUACGCUGCGCUGGCAGCAGCCACAUGCGCGAGGGAAUUGUUACUCUCGAUUUCUCCCGAUAUUGUUGCUCGGUUUCCUCUCAAAAUUCCGGGGGAUAUUGUGGAUCGGUACAUAAAAGGCGCAGUCAGCAGCCCCAAUGCCUUUACCGGCAGUGAAACCGAGAAGUUGAGACAAGCUCGCGAUACCUUGAUUGAACGCCGUGACUUCCUCCGGGAAAUCGUAAUCCCCGACAUUCGACAGAAACAGCGUACGUUUCGUGACGACGACCCGGAGCUGCGAGAAGAGACACAAAGACUCAAGGACUCGCAAAAAAUCUUGAAAAAGCACCUGCAAGACCUCAAUGAUAUUAUAAAUGACCACGGCGAUCUGGAGUCUAAUCCUCACCCAAUCAUUCGGGAAGAAUAUCGAAACUUGAAGACGCAGUUGCAGAAAGAUCUGGAGGCAAUAGAGAGCCUCGCCAGUAUUGCAGGAGGUACUCUGAAAAAUACGGGUAACAUGCUGACCACCCUGGCGAAGAGUUACUAUGGCACUCUGGAGAUCGAGUGGACUCCCGCCAGAAGUUAUAUGGGAAUGGCUACGUUCCAAAGCCCGGAUGAUCCACAGUCCUGGUAA